CAUAUAGCCGACAAGUUUCGCGACAAGGCGCUCUUUAUUAUUUGCAUAUUAACGUAAACACAGAGUAUUCGAGCAAGUACUUAUAUAUAACAGCUGUGAUCUGUGCGAAUAUAGACGCAAGAUCCACCUUUUCUCGAGAAUUCUCCAGAAGCUCCCGCAAGAUCGUGCAUUUAUUGUUCACUUUCAGUUAGUUAUUGUUAUAAGUACGCAUAUCAACAUCCACUGUAGAAAGGAUCAUCGACAAGCUCGGAAAAAUGUUAAGCCCGGAAGAAAAGUACGGUGUGAAAAUCGAAUAUGACCCUCUGUGGAAGGGUCCGAUGAAAGUUAAGAGGCAGCCAACAGACAGGAUUUGGCUAAUUGUUUUUGUACUCUUCGUAUUACUUUAUGUUUUCACUGCUAUUUUCGGCUUCAGGGCUGGUGAUAUCUCAGUAGCACUAGCACCUACAGACAGUGCUGGCCGAAUUUGCGGCUUCGAUCCUGAAGUUGAAAAUAAAUCAAAUCUCAUGUAUUUAAACUUGAAGGACUGUCUCAAUGAAGUCGGCAUUUGCGUGAGUAAAACUGCUUGCGUUGCAAAAUGUCCUUCGCAAAAUUUUCUAUUCAAAGAAAUGAAGGAUAAGCCACUGAAUGAAGUGAAGGCAAAAUUAAUUUGUACCACUGACAUUAACAUGACAUCCAUCACUACUAUCGAGCAAAUAGAUAUUUUGAUAAAACAUCAAAGAUGCGCUAACUGGUACUUGGAAAGUGAAUCUGUAAGACAGGAAUGCAUUCCCAAAGGCAUAUGGCCAGGGCAUGAAAAAGACACAGUCAAUGCAGAGCAGUUAAAAAAGAUUAAGGAAGCUAUUCAAGGGCGCUUGAACUUGAUAAAGGAUAUAGGCAAGGAUGCCAAUAAAGUAAUAAAUCCAGUGCUCAUAACUAUAUUCUGUGGUGGAAUCAUUGCCCUUGCUUCAGUAGUUUUGUUGAGAUGGUUUGCUAUACCUUUCUUCUAUUCCUCUAUAUGUAUGUUCUGUGGAAUCACAAUUUACGGAAUAUACAAACUAACAGUCACUUAUGUUCAAGCCAAAAGAGGAGAUGUUCUCUUUGGUCUUAUUUUGUGCGUCAUAUUGCUAGUUGCAAUAAUUAUAGCAGUUAUAGUUUUCCGUAAAAAGAUCUAUUUAGCAUGUCAGUUGAUUAAAGAAUCCAGCAAAGCUGUGCAGCGCCUACCAGUAACGUUACUUUUUCCAAUUGUUCCUUGGGUAUUGUACAUAAUCAUCAUAAUGCUUGCUCUCGGAGUAUUUGCUGUUUUACAAACUAUAACUGUACCAGUUUAUGGAAUUGAAAAUCUAGAUAGUGGAAGUUCAGAACAGUGCCAGUGUCGAGAUUAUCCCAUCUCCUUACUGAAUGACAGUGCAUCAUGCGAUCCUGAAACAUUUAACAGCAAAUGUAAAACUUCAAAUGGAGAUGCCUGCUUAUUUUUGCAAUGCCGUCUGCAGGAAAGAGUCAAUCCAGGAUACGUAAAAUUUUUCCAUACAAUUAAUUUUGUUGGAUUUUAUUGGCUGUUGUUCUUUGUGUCUGGCUUUGAGUACAUGGUUCUUGGUGGUACAUUUUCAUCUUGGUAUUGGACAUUUAACAAGGACAAUGUCGGUAACUUCUCAUUAUUUGAAAGCAUUUCUAGGACAAUAAGAUAUCAUUUGGGAACCAUAGCUAUUGGUUCUCUAAUUCUAACGAUCUCGCAAAUCAUUAAAAUGCUUUUGCAAGGAUUACAGCAAAAACUCUCAACAAGUAAUAAUACUGUUGCAAGCGGUUUCAUGAUGUGUUGUAGGUCCAUCUACGAUAUGGUCGAUUCUUUUUUGACUUUCUUAAAUUACAACGCAUACAUCAUGUGCGCAAUUCAUGGAAAGAGUUUCCUUCAGUCGGCAAAGAGUGCGUUCCAAUUAAUAAUGAGGAACGUUGUGAAUGUCGUUGUUGUGAAUACGGUUGCCGAUUUUCUGUUUGUAAUGGUGAAAAUUUUGAUAACAUCAGUAACAGUAACAGGUUUAGGUAUCUUCUAUGGCCUUGCACACAGCGAAUCAGAAGACAUGGGUCCAUUUUUGGCUGCUACGAUUAUGUCUACUAUAGGCACUUACGCUAUAAUAUCAGUUAUAUUCUCAGUACAAAGCGUUGCGGCAAAUACCAUCUUCUUGUCGUUUAUUGAAGAUUCAGAGCGUAAUGAUGGAAGCGAUGAUAAGCCCUACUACAUGAGUAAUAAGCUGAAGCAGUUGUUGUACAUGGAAAGAAACUAGUUUAAGCUGAAGUUUUAAACAAUUUUUACUUUUUCCUUUUUUUUUUACUUGUAACAACUAUUUCUACAAAGACUUAAAAAUUAAAGAUCUUUUCACACAAGACUGCUCUCAACACGAUGCUCUUACUAGAAAAAUAAAAUAAGUGGUAUGAUUAAUACAUAUGGUUAUUACCAAAUUUUAUUAUGUUAAUAAAAUCUAUGUGAUUGAAGAAAUAUUUUUCAUGAAGUAUUAUAUAUACAUAAAUUUUA